AUGCAAAGCUGGUGGGAAGCAGAGCCAGAGGCAUCUCCUACUCCAGGGAAAGUAAAGGCAAAAAAAGUGGUAAUUAUGGUAGAUCCUCUGGAGGCCAAACGGUUAGUAGGAAAGGAAAUGGAAGAGAUAAAAGGCAGAGGGAAGCAACAGAGAAGGCGUGAGAUAGAGGCGAUAAACGGAGCAUGGGCGAUCAUUGGGCUCUUGAUAGGGCUUGUGAUCGAAGCCCAGACAGGGAAGGGCAUUGUCGCUCAGUUGGCUGGUUAUUGGUCUGCGGUUGUGCAUCUAUUCAUUCCAUCAACACAGAAUCUCCCACAGUUGACAAAAACCCCUUUGAUUGUCUUGUUGAGUAUUCAUUUGUUUUACUCUAAAGCAUUACGGGAAGCGUUAGCACAAUCUGAGUCGCAUGAUUUACACAACACUAUAUCCCCGAUGAGACCAAUCGGCACUGUACAGUCUUGCUUUUCUACAAGGAACGGUACACCGAGGCAGCCAUUGCUUGUGUCGCUUGCGAGGGCAUGUUUGAUCUUUAAUCCGGCUUUGGUUCCUCAUGCGUCUCUUGAGGGUCUCGGGGAGUGA